GCCUAGGCAGUUUCUUUAUUAAUAAGAAAUCAUUCCCACAUCAGAAAGCUUUUCUUUUUGCCAUUCUUUCCUGGGACCUCUGGGGUGUCUUGCCUCUCGCACCUGAGAACUGGGGCCUACAGUUGUGAACACUGCGUUUCCACCCCUGCCCCCUAUGUGUGUAGUUCCUGUUCUUGGGCAUUAGGGGCCCUGAGGCUUCACUGAGCCCCCCUUUCAGACUGAGGUGACUGAGACUAGUAUCCCCAAUUCCUCAGCCUGUUUCCUGUAUUCUCAAGCCUUGGGAAUGGGAGCCGAGCAAAGGGCCCAGAGAUCGAUCACUCUUCCUUUGUCCCCUUCUCCCCUAAGGUCAAGGCUGCUUUAACGCUGCGUCAGUCCUGAGUCCCACAACCUUCUCUUCCUGCACCUCCACCCAUCCCCCAGUCUCUAAGAAUCCCUGUCGCCCCCACCCCACCCCCAGGGGAGUACAGCCUCUGGUCUCUGGAUCGGACUCUCCCUGUAGUCUGCAGCCUAGGUGGGAGAAGGUGGGUGGAGUUGCUCAGAGCAGUGAAUGUAGCACACAGACACAGCUCUCAUCCUCCUGCAUCCGAAUCAGUUAUGAAUCUUUGUUCCAAACCGGGUCCAUCUCCCUACCUGUUGUCAGCAGCUUCCCCGUUGAUUGCAUACUUACCCCAGGUGCAUGAGCCAGAAGCACAGCUUCAGAUGACCAGAUUCCCGUUUAUACCUGCCAAGUCCCAGCCCCCAAGCUACCGGUGCCUUCCUGGCUCUUUAGGGUCAGCUGUGUUAGUGGCUGGGCGUGUUGUACACCAGCCAGACAGGAAAGCUGCUGUUUCUUGUGGUGAGAGUUUUGGGGCCAGGCAGUCACACUGAGUUUCGGAGCUCCCAGAAGCUCUUCAGGGUGUUAGAGCCAGGUGGAAAGAUCUAGAUUUAACCAGUGAGCCUACCCGUUCCUGUGGCUCCUGUGCCUGUCAGGGUGAGCCUGAGACAGCACCUUGGGGCUGGCUCAGUGACCUUGGGCCAAUAUAGCAUUGAGGGUAAAAAGGUCAGUGAUUCAAUUUGGGGUCCCCAGUACCAAUUAAUAUUGACUUCUAUAGGAAGUUAGCUGAAGGGUGAGUGGGUACCACCAUCCUGAUCCUUGGAUAGGCAGCACUCAUCUGUCUCACCUCUCAGGGGGCUUGAUGUGAGGUGAGAAUCUGGAGAGGGACCUAGGAAAUCUGUCUAGUGUGAGCUGUGGGUCGAGGGGCGGAGCAGCCUGUUUGUUUGGGAUUGGGAUUCCUACAGAGGAAGUGAAAGUGAAAUCGUUGGGAGCUUUCUCAGAAGCGGACUGCGUCCUGCCCUUCCCAGAAGGAGGGCUCUCAACGGAGACAGUUGCUUCCCAGGUAAGGCUUUGUGCCUUUCUCCUCCCUAACCUCUCUGGGUAAGAUUGGAUUGGGGAACUGUUAUAUAAAUGCUGUUUGGAGCUGGUAUGAGAGGAAAUUGUUACUAGGUAACAGCAGUGUCUUAAGUGUGAAGGCCCGGCUUGUGGCUCUAGGCCUGCCCUCUGAAAUACCAGAGGCUCAAAUGGACUGUCGGGAGGGAAGGAACCUGAGAAGAUGUGGGGCUGGCUGAACUCGACUCUCCCUUUCCAGAAGAAGUUACAGACACCAGGCUUGCUUGCUUCUGACACAGUCAUCUCGACCAUGAGACACUGUCGGACAACAGACCCUAGUUCUUGGUGGGUCCUGCUUCUCUAUGUCCAUCUCGUCAUUCUGGCCAGAGGCACGUGUGCACCUCAGACAAAGGACCCGUGCUCUUCCUGGUCUCCAGCAGGCCCACCUCAGCGGUACCCAGCACUGCACGUGAUCUGGCCAGAGGAAGAGGUGCCACUGAAUGGAACGCUGACCUUGUCCUGUGCUGCCUGCAGCCGCUUCCCCUACUUCAGCAUCCUCUACUGGCUGGGCAAUGGUUCCUUCAUUGAGCACCUCCCAGGCCGGCUGAGGGAGGGUCACACAAGUCGGGAACACAGGAACACCAGCACUUGGUUACGGAGAGCCUUGGUGCUAGAGGAACUGAGCCCCACUCUACGAAGCACCAACUUCUCCUGUCUGUUUGUGGACCCUGGACAGGUGACCCAGUAUCACAUCGUCCUGGCCCAGCUCUGGGUAAGGACCCUGAAGAAAGGCAUCCGGGAAACUGCUGUCUGGGGGAGAAAGGACAGGCUUUGCCAGGACAGUAAGCGAGAAACUCCUUCCUCCUCAGCUCUGACCUUGUGUGCCUUUACUUCCUCAGGAUGGGGUGAAAACAGUCCCUACCCCCUCUCAAGAAAUCCUCUCCAGCCACAGCCCAGGACCCACGUCAGCAGGGCCAGGGGUCAGCAUGCAGUCAGCUGCAGCAUGGCCUUGACUGGAGCCUGGCUCUCAUCCACCUGGAGGGUGAAGGCUCCACCGUAGGCUCUGCUCGCCCCCAUGCAGCUGAACCUCAAACUCAAGCUCCAUUUCUA